CAAUCGCCGACAACUAUUUUCUGAUAUUGUCGAUCGGCUCGACACGAAACGUGCGACUUAUAUCGUGCUAUCUGAUAUCGUUAACGGACCGCUACCCUCGGAGGUAAAAAUCAGAAUCGACCAGUUCCGCAAAAUCUUCUGUCCGCGCGACGAUCUACUGAUUUUCAAGGUGGUGCAAUUUGUGAUUUGAAAAAUAAAUCAGGAUGCCGACGUGCGCCUGCCAGGACAGAACUCUGGACGAGUCGGAGGAGCACGUUUGUUCGCUAAAGCCACCUAUGGAGCAGGACAAGGUCAUGGAAUCCAAAGAAUGCGUCAAUCCGGUUAGGUACAGCGAUGGCUCCGUACGAUUACGAAAUCCCAAUAUCGAACUCAUGGAUCAGGACAUAUUGUAUCAUCUCGCACUCGGCAGCGGUUCCCACGAUCUGGUUGAGAUGUUUGGUGAUGUCAAGUUCGUCUGCAUGGGCGGAACACCGAAAAGGAUGGAACAUUUCGCUAACUACAUCAUGCAGGAGAUAGGUCACAAGCUACCAGCUGGAACGACCCUCCUCGAUAUCACCAAAAAUUCCUAUCGCUAUUCAAUGUACAAAGUCGGCCCGGUUCUCUCUAUCAGCCAUGGAAUGGGUAUACCUUCAGUAAGCAUUCUGCUCCAUGAAGUUAUCAAGCUGAUGUACCAUGCAAAAGUAAAGGAUCCAAUUUUCAUCAGGAUUGGCACUUGCGGUGGUAUCGGCCAUGAAGGUGGUACGGUAAUCAUCUCGGAAGAAGCUCUCGAUGAAAUGAUGAAACCUUAUAUGGAAUUGAUGGUACUCGGAAAAUUGGUGCGCCGACCAGCCAAACUCGACCGACAGCUAGCUCGCGAUCUAAAGGGCUUGGCCCAUCGCGAUGAUCCUUACGACACCGUGAUCGGCAAAACUAUGUGCUCAAACGACUUCUACGAGGGCCAAGGCCGCCUGGACGGUGCAUUCUGCGAAUUCACCGAGGCCGACAAAAUGGAAUACCUCAUGAAGUUACAGAAGGCUGGCGUGGUGAACAUCGAGAUGGAGAGCCUCUGCUUUGCCGCUUUAACGCACCACGCUGGCAUCCAGUCCGCCGUGGUGUGCGUGACGCUGUUGGACCGACUCAAAGGCGACCAGGUUCUGGCGCCCAAAGAAGUGUUGGAAGAAUGGCAGAUGCGACCGCAGAAGCUGAUCGCACGCUAUAUCACCACGUACCUUCAGCGCAAGGGUCGCCUCUCCCUCGAGGGCUCACAUGGUUCCAUGUACGUGAAGAGUCCGCGCCGAUUCAAACUGGUGCAGCAGGAAUCUGAGAAUUAUGAUUAAAUGAUUCUCAAACAAAUCUAAAUGUGCAGCCGCGAAGAUCUCCCAAGAUGCAAUCGGAGACGUCGCCGUCGGCUCGACUAUCGGAUGUACUUAUGCCGCUCAAGCCGCUGUAUCCGUUUAUUUGCUCGCGAAAAGUUGAUUUAUUCGCGAAGAAAGUCGCGUGAUAACAGAGUAUUAAAGUACAGAAGAGACGAAGGAUUUGAGCAUAGGAAUGGAUUUGAACAAUUCACAUAUCAUGCACCACAAUACGAUAUUUUAGGCAUCUCUUGACAAAUGCAAUUAUCGCAAACGUUUUAUUUCUGUGCAUAAUAUCCAAAUUGUUCAAAUCUGCUUCUUCGUUAAUUAAAUCUUCCUUUAGAUAGAUUCCUACUCGAAAUAUUUAAGAAAAAAAAUUUUGUGGAUGAGAAUACUUCCUAGAACGGUUGACUUGUAAUAGUUAAAUUACGCAGUCUUGUCUUGCAUUUUAGACUGCGUUCCGUUAUUCACUGCGAGUAUCGAAAAUCUAUAAUUCACAUGUACCAGAUUUUCAAUAGCCACAGUGAGUAAUGAAACGCAGCUUUACUGUGCGUAUGCCAAUUUUGUUAAAUAUUCAAUUGAACUUCAAAUUAGAUUUAUUUUAUCAACGAGCUCCCCGUAUCCUGCGUUCUGUAGAUUAUUAAUAAUAAUCGUAAUUAAGAGCCAUACAGUUCCUCGCAUUGCGAGAAAGCACGCCGCCGUUGCGCACACCACGAGAACGCGUUAAUUCCUGAGACCUCCAAAAAUUAAUCAAUACCGAAGCGACCGCCAAAGUUGUACUGCUCGUUUCGUGCGGUGAUCCAAGUACAAAAUGUGCAGAAACUUACUACGAACUGCGCUCGAAAACAGUGCACAUUUUUCACGACCACAUAUCUUUCGAGGCCGGAUUGCAUCAGUCUUGAUCAACGUGAUCUUUCAUCGUAAUUAAAAAAUUGUCUUUCGAUCUGUAACAUUAUAUGCAAUUGAAUCGUUAACUUAAAUUCUUGCUAUUUAAAACAUCAAUAAAAACUACUCGAUACACCUAAAAUGUACAGAAUUAUGAUCGCUGUUAUACAAUAAGGAAAUUAUUUGGAGGGCGUUAGUCAAAAUGGUGCAAUCGGAAUCGCGUAGUUCUGUAGAGAUUUAAUUUUAGGAUUUUUUCGCAGACAAGAACGCUGUAACACGCGUUUAUUACGUUAUUCGCCGAUAAUGCACGAUGUUUGGACGAUUUUUUUUCUUUUACUCAUUAAACGAGCGACGAUGAUUCUCUCGUAAAUCUUCAGGGAUUUGUGUUGAGAAAUUAGAUGAAAUCCGCUAACGGACCUAUUUCGCGGUUUAUUAUGAGGUGCGUGUUGCGUCGAGAGCAGUUUCGAGAGAACUUGUAAAUUUAGCUACGCGUGUCCGCCGGCCUGUGACGUAUGCACCCGGCGACAUGGAAUCUAUGUAUUAGCACUUUUAGCAGUUGGGUAGGAAAGCACAUUCCAUAUAUAAAAGAAUUAUACAUAUAAAUAUAGUCAAACAACUAGCGCGUUUUCGUUCGACUGUUACUCGUAACGUGGGUGAAGACUAUGUACACAUACACACAAUAUGCAUAUAGAUGUCGGGAACACAUUCGCAAAAAUGCCCUAAACUGCACAGAGAUUGGAUUAGGAAUUACAAUAAAAAUAACGUUUCAACA